AUGCCGUCUGCAACAAAGCCUAGCAAAAAUCAACUUCGAAGAGCCCGAAAGAGGGCUCUCAAGUCCGAGACCACUAGCACUCCUGCUACCGAGAACGCAGAGGUCAGCAAAGAUGAGGCAGUCCCAGUUCCUGCACUCAAAGAUGGAAACGUUCAGAACGACGAGCCAGCGCCUACCCCUGUGACGCAAGAUGGACCUGAAGAGUCCGAUUCAACUGUCAUUCCGGUGGUCCCCGAACCAGACGAUCCGCUAUGGGCCAUGUACAAGGAUCUUGCCAGUAGAUUUGAUGAAGGUACAGGGGAAAACACCACGACCAAAGAAGCCGAGAAGCCAGAGGUGUACUUUGACGACGAGGACGAAAUUCCUGAUGAGGAGCAAGAGCGCGAACCGAAGUUGUCCAAGAAGAAGCGGAAGGAGAUGAACAAGCUGUCUGUUGCCGAACUCAAGGCUCAGGUCUCCAAGCCGGAUAUCGUGGAUUGGACAGAUACCUCCGCUACGGAUCCUCGGCUUCUUGUUCACAUCAAAGCCCACCGAAAUGUGGUUCCGGUUCCGUCACAUUGGUCUCUGAAGCGGGAAUAUCUAUCUUCAAAACGAGGCGUUGAGAAAGCGCCCUUUGCGCUUCCCAGGUUUAUCCAGGAGACCGGUAUUGCUGAAAUGCGCGAUGCUGCUCUGGAGAAACAAGAACAGUCUACGCUGAAGCAGAAACAGCGAGAAAGAGUUCAGCCCAAGAUGGGACGACUGGACAUUGAUUACCAAAAGCUGUACGAAGCAUUCUUUCGCUUUCAGACCAAGCCCGAACUCACACGGUACGGCGAAAUAUACUACGAGGGAAAAGAGCACGAGACCAAUCUUCGACACUUGCGACCUGGGGAAUUGAGCGAUGAGUUGAAAGAGGCGUUGAAUAUGCCUCCUGGCGCACCACCCCCUUGGCUGAUCAAUCAGCAACGAUUUGGACCCCCUCCUUCAUAUCCAGCUUUGAAAAUCCCCGGUCUCAAUGCACCUCCACCCCCAGGUGCCAUGUGGGGCUAUCAUCCAGGUGGCUACGGAAAGCCACCUGUCGACGAACACAACCGGCCGCUGUAUGGUGGCGAUAUCUUCGGUGUACUCCAGCCUCAGCAGAACGUCCAGCAAGGCGAGCCGGUGGAAAAGGACCUAUGGGGUGAACUGCAGGAGUCCGAGGCCGAAGAAGAGAGCGAGGAAGAUGAUGAGGAUGGAUCUGAGGAAGAAGAAGAGGAUGACGAGGAGAGGGAGUCUGGGAUGCACUCUCCCAGUGGCAUGGAGACUCCAAGCGGUGUGGCGUCGGCUAUGCCUUCAGAAUUUGGGGCCGCAGAGAACGUCGCGGGUGAAUUCGACGUACGCAAGCACCACCGUGGUAUCGAGACCGAGGAAUCUGUACACCCGCGCAGCGCGUACCAAGUCAUCCCCGAGAAGCAGACCAGUGUUCAAGGCUUCUUUGGUGGUGAUCGAGCGUACGAUCUUAGCUCAUCUGGUGGGACCCAUCCUGUCCUCGGCGCAGAGGAUCAAACCCGAAAACGGAAGAAGCCCGGCGACGUGGAAGUGUCCGUUGAUCUUGAUGCGCUCCAGUCUGGGGACGGUCUUAGCAAAGAGCGCCUUCAAGACCUGUAUGAGACGCAGCGGCAACAGCAGAAUCAACCGCAAUGGGGCUUCCAGGAAGAUCUCAGCGAUAUGAUUGCGCAGGAAAGCAGGAAACGCCUACGCAAAGAAGAUGAGAAGCGAGGCAAGCGUUGA